AUGGAUUGCGGUCAGCAGGAGAAAGGUUCAUCAGCAUGGACGGAGGACGCCAAGUUCCAGUUCUUGCUUCGAAUCGUUGCGCAGCUCAAGGGCGAUGGCCGUGGAAUCAAAUGGGAGAAGAUUGUUAUUCCCGGCCGAACUCCCAAGAGCCUCAAGAACAUGUGGACGAAGAUCAAUAAACAAAUCAAUGAUUUUGAGGCUCGGGAGAACAGUGGCGAGGGUCCCCUUGUUGUCCCUGCUACGCCGCGGAAGAGGGGCCCUCCUCGCAAGAAGGACUCGGCCAAGACGGCAGGCCAGGGCGACGAAGGUCUUGACGACGACAUUUCUGACUUCAAGCAGAAAAUCUUGAAGAAACGUACUGUUGAAGACCGUGAGGGCGAGCAUAUCGGAGAGGGCGAGCAUUUUGGACGAGCCAAGAAGCGACCCAAGAUCAAAGCUGAGGCGACGGCUGGCCCUGUUCGCGUGAAGAGAGAAGAUAAAUAUGGUGUUUGA